CCCCCGCCCCCAUCCAACACCAAACACAUCCCUCCAGGCUCACACACACACACACACACACACACACCGUCACCGCCGGGAGAGCUAAAAACAGGGAGGGAUCACCGGGAUCGGGAACACUGUGAGCCGCCGUGUCGACGCGCUAUCACCGCCUGGCUUUAACGUUUCUUCUAUAACGGGGGAAUAAUACCGUGAACAUAACAAAGAGGGUGCUGGACACCGGCGGAGGACGGCAUGGGGGAGCACACGGCGUUUCUGCUGUUACUGGUGGCGACCUUGACGCUUUCAUCCGAGAUCCCUGCUGAUGACUCCGUGGGUUUGCUAACCGAGCCCCAGGUGGCCAUGUUCUGCGGGAAGCUCAACAUGCACAUCAAUGUGCAGAGCGGCAAAUGGGAGUCCGACCCGACCGGCACCAAGAGCUGCAUCGGCACCAAGGAGGGCAUCUUGCAGUACUGCCAAGAGGUGUACCCAGAGUUGCAGAUCACAAACGUUGUGGAGGCCAACCAGCCCGUCAGCAUCCAGAACUGGUGCAAGAAAGGGCGCAAGCAAUGCCGCAGCCACACACACAUCGUGGUGCCAUACCGUUGCCUGGUUGGGGAGUUUGUGAGCGACGCCCUGCUCGUCCCUGACAAGUGUAAGUUCCUGCACCAGGAGCGCAUGGACCAGUGUGAGAGCCACCUGCACUGGCACACUGUAGCUAAAGAGUCCUGCGGGGACCGCUCCAUGAAUCUCCAUGACUACGGGAUGCUGUUGCCGUGCGGCAUCGACCGUUUCCGAGGGGUGGAGUUCGUCUGCUGUCCGGCGGAGGCGGAGCGAGAGUCAGACAGCGGGGAGCUCGGAGGGGAGGAGUCAGACGUCUGGUGGGGCGGAGCUGAGGCUGAAUACUCCGAUAACAGCAUGUCACGUCCGGCAGACGCGGAGCCUGCCAACGCGGAGGAUGACGAAGACGAGGAUGAAGAGGCGGACACUUUCGAAAGGGAUGAGAACGGAGAUGGUGUCGAAGACGAGGAGGAGGAAGAUGAAGAGGACGACGUGACCGACGAGCGGGACAGCGAUGAGCACAGUGCAAACAUCGCCAUGACAACCACUACCACCACCACCACUGAAUCAGUUGAGGAAGUCGUCCGAGCCGUUUGUUGGGCUCGUGCCGAGUCAGGCCCGUGUCAUGCCAUGCUGGAGCGUUGGUUCUUCGUGCCUGAGAAGGGCCGCUGUGCUCCCUUCUUGUUUGGGGGCUGUGGGGGCAACAGGAAUAACUUUGAUUCGGAGGAGUACUGCCUAGCCGUCUGCAGCAGCUCGUUGCCCACCGUGGCUCCCAGUCCUCCAGACGCCGUGGACCGGUACCUCGAAUCUCCCGGCGACGACAGCGAACACGCCGACUUCCAGAAGGCCAAAGAAAGCCUGGAGGCCAAACACCGUGAGAGGAUGUCACAGGUGAUGAGGGAGUGGGAAGAGGCCGAGAGACAGGCCAAAAACCUUCCUCGCGCUGACAAGAAGGCUGUCAUCCAGCACUUCCAGGAGAAGGUGGAGGCUCUGGAGCGGGAGGCAGCAGGAGAGAGGCAGCAGCUGGUGGAAACCCACAUGGCCCGGGUGGAAGCUCUGCUCAACAGCCGCCGACGCCUGGCUCUGGAAAAUUACCUCAGUGCCCUCCAGGCCAACCCUCCACGGGCUCGUCAGGUGUUGAGCCUGCUGAAGAAGUACGUCCGUGCAGAGCAGAAGGACAGGCAGCACACGCUCAAACACUACGAGCACGUCCACACAGUCGACCCAAAGAAGGCCGCCCAGAUCCGACCUGAGGUUUUGACCCACCUACGUGUGAUCGAUGAGAGGAUGAAUCAGUCGUUGGGUCUGCUCUACAAGGUGCCCAGUGUGGCCAACGAGAUCCAGAACCAAGUCUCUGUUAUCGUGCAGAGAGUUCAGGCCGAGCUGUCUCAGCAAGUCUCUUCCCUGCAGAGCGAUGGGCGGGUGGACGGCAGGGUGAGUUACGGUAAUGACGCUCUGAUGCCCGAUCAGACCUACAGCUCUGCUCCGAUGGAUCCUGGCCUGGACGGACUGGGCUACAUCCACCCGGAGAGCUUCAACCAGCCCAACACAGAGAACCACGUUGAGCCCGUUGACGCUCGUCCAAUCCCGGACAGAGGACUCCCAACACGACCUGUGUCUGCCCUGAAGCCGGAGGAGAUGCCAGAAGUGCGGGUGGAGACUGAAGAGAGGCAAAGCGCCGGUUAUGAAGUUUACCAUCAGAAGUUGGUGUUUUUCGCCGAGGACGUCGGGUCCAAUAAAGGCGCCAUCAUCGGACUCAUGGUCGGAGGGGUCGUCAUAGCGACCGUCAUCGUCAUUACUCUGGUGAUGCUGCGGAAGAAACAGUACACGUCCAUUCAUCACGGCGUAAUUGAGGUGGACGCGGCGGUGACGCCAGAAGAGCGCCACCUGGCCAAGAUGCAGCAGAACGGCUACGAGAACCCGACCUACAAAUUCUUCGAGCAGAUGCAGAACUGAAGAGCUGCUCAGCAACAUUUACUUCAGGCCAAACCCUCCCUCCCCCGUCACACUCUCACAGUUUCAUGCCCUGUCGAAGAGAGGAAACACUUUACCUGCAAUUGGUCAGACAAGGGUUACUCUGUUUCACCUGCGCCUUUUCAGCCAAUCAAAACCAACACACCGCCCUCUAUCGACGAUUUAUACGAAGCAGUUAAAUCCCCGCUCGCUCUCCACGACACGAUUCAAAAAGCCCAAAAGUGUUUCAGGUUUGUUUUUCAAAAAAAAAGGAGUUUUAAAAAAGAAAAAGAAAAAACCCAUACGUAAUCCAAAAUACUGAAUGUUUGGUUUUCUGAUUUUUAUUAUGUGUAAUAUAUUAAGACAGAGAUUAGCUGUAAGUAUAUGUAGUGCAUGGCAACAUUGAUGACAGAUACAGCAUACUGUGCGUCGAGGUCUUCGAGGGAGCGGUCCUCUUUAUUAGAUAUUUUAGCAGGAUUGUACAUUUCUAGUGUCUUCUUUGUGAUCUUGUGAUAUGAAGAAGAAGUUAUUCAGGAUCCAGUCUGCUUUUUUUGUCGUCACACAGACUCGCUUUAACCGAAUCUCGGCUCGUUAAUGCUCAUCCCCACGCUUCACUGUUGUGUUAGCUGCAUGGGCUCGAAAACAUUUCAAAAAACAAAAGACCAAAAAAAAAA